AUGCACGAGAUCAUUAACUUUUCAUGCUCACAAGCAUCGGGCCACCUCAUCACACUGCUCUACAACGUGCAAGAAUCACAUCUCCCAUAUACUAGAAACAAAACACUAACUCACACCAACGAUGUCUUUCUCGUGCCCAACAAAGUCAAAGGCAAGACAAACUACUACCCUCGCAGCAUAAACGUCGAAUUUCAGGGUGGCUAUGGGUACCUUGGUAAACACGCAUAUCAGGAGACCGAAAUCUCCCCAGAACUGUAUGACAAUGUGAUUGUAAAAAAGCAGGAGCGACAUGCCAAGAACGAAUUCCAGGCGAAUUUGGACGCCGGAAAACCUACGCAUUCCUCGUUGCUCUCCACAGAAAACACAACUUUUUGGACUGACUACAACAAGCUCAUCUAUAGACCUGAAUCGCUCGUUUCCUUACAUGGAUUCAGCCAUCCUGAAGGAGCUCACAAAAACUUCCCACGGCUCAAAUUUGACGCGUUUAACAUUGGCGAGGAAGAGUUCAAAGUACUGAGCGACGAAAUCGAUGAUUUUUUCCGCAAGAACUUGGAGCAGCUGGACCAGAUCCAAGGGAUCAGCUUUUUCAGCGAAUGCGACACCGCAUGGGCGGGCUUCACCAAUGAGAUGAUGGUUUUUUUACGUGACGAGUACUUCGGAAACGGCGUCAGCAGCAAAUACAAUCUCUGGACCUAUGGAUUGAUGAGUCCUGGGAAAAGUCAGCCAAGAAUCGACACACUACUCACGAGAAUACGGGCUGUGACGGAGUUUGCAUCAAACUCCACGCUUUUCUUCCCCCUCUCUGCUCCGCAGGAUUCCGAAUCCUUUCUCUCUUCCACCUAUGAUUCCAGCAAAUUAUGGCAUACGGGUGCCGUGCAGAGCAUGUUCGUGAAUGCGAUCUGGGGUCUCAACUGCCAGGUAGAAAAGCCGGUUUCAAUGGCCACGAUAGAGAGCAACCUCUUGCGAGGCAACUCCAGCAGAAACAUUGUCAACGAAAUCAGCCUUCGACCAGACGUUCCGGCCAAACCCGAGGCGGAGUUCGGAAUUGUUAGUGAUGCUAGUAUGAUGGAUAUGUAUCUCAACGCAGGUCAAAGUCAGACGGAAUCGGCACUGGGAUCAAAGGACAAAAACAAGGCUUUGGAACUCGGCUUGAAUCCGGAAUCUCGUGACCAUCUUUAUGGAAGGGGCGUGAUUUGCAAACAUCAGCCUGAUCUGGGCGUCUCGGAUUCGAAGACUGAUACAUACGUGAAUCCGUACAUCGAUGAAACGACAAAGAUAGACAGUUUCCCUCUGAUCUUGGAGAACCAUGAGUUUCUGACCCAGUUUGCGCAGACUGCAGUGUUGAAGCCACUCUUGAAGCAGUACAGAGAAGUGGUGGAAAGGGUCCGGAACCAGCGACAAAUUGAGAUUUUGGGUGAUAAGGCCGAAGUCAUUGAGAGUUUAUCUUCGCUUAUGGAGGAGUACAGUGCAGGCUACUCGGACGAAUCUGAUUACGACGACUAA